AAGUGUUGAGGAUCAAAAUGGCUUCCAGUCUCCCGGCUGAGAUCUGGACCGAGGAGAUCAUUUGCCCGAUUUGUCUGGAUUUCUUCACUGGUCCCGUUAGCCUGAGUUGUGGCCACAACUUCUGUCGCUUCUGUAUCACCCGAAGCUGGGAAAAGCAGGAGAAAAACUGCUGUGCUGUUUGUCAGGAGACAUUACCAGAAAAGAACCUCACAGCCAGUUGGGCCUUGGCGAGUCUUGCAGAGAAAGCUCGAAAAUUGGGCCUGACCCCGACACAGACGGAAAAUAAAAUUCACUGUGAGAAACAUCGGGAGGAACUGAAGCUGUUCUGUCAAUCUGACAAGAAAUUGCUGUGUGUAGUUUGCAGUCAUGGGCAGGAACACAGGGGCCACAGAUUCCUACCCAUUGAGGAAGCUGUUGACAUCUAUAAGGACAAAUGGAAAUCCUCCUUAGCUUCUCUCACACAGAGGAAGGAAACAGCGAUAAAAGCAGAAGCCAAACAGAGAGAAAAGAUUUCUCAAGUUAAGAAACAGGUGAAAAGUCUGCAGUCCAACGUCACGGCUGAGUUUGAUAAAAUGCACCAGAUUCUGAAUGUCAGAGAGCAGCGAGUGAUGCGAGAUCUCAGACAGCGAAAUAAGGAGAUUUUAAAGCGAAUGGAGACAAAUCUGCGAGAGAUUCAGUGCAAAUUAGAUUCCGUUGAACAAGAACUCUCCGAGUUACAGAUACAGAUGGGAAAAGACGCUCUCACAUUCCUGCAGGAGGAAGCCGCUGGCAACAGAAGGGUCAGUAACGAGGGGUUUGAUCUGUCGGUGUGUGAGGCUGAGCUGCCUGUGGGGAUAUACAAAGGGCCUAUACAGUACACAGCCUGGAGACAGAUGAUACACGGCAUCAGCCCAGCUCCGGCCUCUCUGACUCUGGAUCCUGACACAGCGCAUCCCUACCUCAUCCUGUCUGAGGACCUGACACC